AAGAAAUUUAAUGUCCGCGUAACUAAAGAGGACGUAUCCAAAAUUUUACUACAAUAGUCCGUACAACCAAGUCAACAAAAACCAUGUCCCACUCUUUAUUUCUUCAACACGCUAUUUUCCCCCUUUACCAAAAUUGACCUUAAACAACAUCUCUACCUACUUAAAACCAAUUCAUGUUCCAAAACCAAACCCAUCAUCAUUAUUACAUCAAAACAAAAAAAAAAAUGGGAAAGAGAGGACAAAAACAGAACAAGUUCUUGAGAAUCGUCACCAUGCCUCUAAAAGUUCUAUGCAAGGCUCGUGAUCUCUACAUGAGAAGCAUCACAGGUUGCGCAGCUCGAACUCACUACUCUUCCGCCGUGGACGCCGCCUCCGUUCCCUUUCCGAGAAGCCGGAGUACUUCCUCCGCCUUCUCUUCCUCCGCCUCUUCCCGGAGAAGAUCUUCCGAUUUCACUUUUGAUGAUGAUUAUAGCGAGCUGCUUAGAGCUGCUUCCGCUAGAAGUUUGGGUCAUAAGAAUGAAAUUGACAUGAUCAUACACCAACAGCUACAGCUUCAGCAGCAGCAGCAGCGGCAGGAGAAUCGCGUCGCGAUGGGAGCGGUUGCGGUAGCGGUUAAAGGCGGUUUGCCGAAGAGCUCGAGUGUUGGGAUGACAAUGGCGAGGAUUGAUGAAGAAGAUGAAGAAGAAGGAUCUUUAAAGAAUCAAAAGAAGGGAUCUGAUUUCUUAUAUCCUCGUAGCAGAUCACAUGCUGUUACUAUAAGAGGAUCUAAGUUUUAAUAUACUAAUUAAUUGUCAAUUUAUUUUUCUUUUGAUUUUAAAAGAAUGUUCUUAUAAGAACAUGGUUAUGGAAUUAUUUUGAUGUAAAGUUACUGUCAUGGAUUUAUAGUUAUACCAAAAGUUACUGUCAAAAUUAUU